AUGAUUCGUUUUCCGUUAAGCCAUUUAACGGAAACUACGACGAGGAACUUGGUGUCUUCAUCAACUCCUUCGUUACCGACGAAGGCACAUCUCAAGAACAGCUUCUCUGCUCCUUCCUCUGGUAUUGUUCGUACUAGGCCAAAUGAGUCCAUCAACAAGAAGAUGAAAACUGGAGUCCUUGAGGUAGUUGCAGAGCAUGCUGAAAUAUUGAAUCCUGUGAGGUCAAAGCUUGGUGUCAGGGCUAAUAAGAAGAAGAGAGUCGGUCCGGUUCCGGGAGUGCAAGUAGGAUGGUUGCAGAGCAUGUUUCCACAAAGUCCGCAGCUCUUCAAACAAAUGUUUAUGGUCUCUGGUUUUGACAAAUAUUACCAGAUAGCAAGGUUCAUGUACGUUUUGGACAACGUUGGAGAUUCUGGAGCUAUUUGA